GGCGGUAUCAAUCCGGCCAAGUCCGAAACAAUUCUACAGAGCGCGGAACCUCAUCUGCACUUGCCGGCGCAUCAAAGAUGUUGUAAAGAGGUGGGCGUAAGAAUGGCGCGUCACCAGCAUGAGCGGCCUAUCGAUCCGCAUCUCUCUACCCUGACCGCUACUCGACAUCUGCUUUCUGACAGUUUGGCACGCUCCUGUCGACCGUGGUCGUGGUGAUGAACAUCCGGACGUGCAUUCAGACGCGAAUAUACACCGCAGCACACUUCACGCGAGCAGCCUCGAUGGCGGCCGGCGUGCGGAUCAAUGGUGAUUUGAACAAUACAGAGGUCCUUCGCAAAACUGUUGAGUUUCCGCCGGACCACACAUACGCUUUGCGCACACUCGCGAUUCGUGAGCACGAAGACGACCACGCCACCCGCACGAAGUACAGGCCAUUCCUUCAUUGCGACGAUGUGGCAACCAGCGAUUGGGUGGCCAAGCUGGAGCUCAGCACCGCGUUAAAGAUGGCAGAGGCGGAUCUGUUGCAAGCGAGCGGUGACAGGCUGAAAGUGAUGGUGCUGUUCGGCAGCCUGCGCAGUAGGUCAUACUCACGCCUGCUGGCAUUUGAGUGCGCGCGCAUUCUCUUCCGCCUGGGUUGCGACGUUCGAAUCUUCGAUCCUACCGGCCUGCCCGUCAAGGACGACAUUCAGCACGACCACGCUAAAGUGCAAGAACUGCGUAACCUAAGCAGGUGGAGUGAUGGUCACAUCUGGGUAUCGCCCGAACAACAUGGCACUCUGACAAGCGUAUUCAAGAACCAGAUUGACUGGAUCCCACUAAGCACCGGCUCCGUACGACCGACACAGGGACGCACGCUCGCAAUUGCUCAGGUCUCCGGCGGCUCCCAAUCCUUUAAUACUGUGAAUUCUCUUAGGAUCUUAGGCCGUUGGAUGAGAAUGUGGUGUAUUCCCAAUCAAUCCUCUCUCCCUAAAGCAUACACUCAAUUCACCGAUGCCGCCGACCCAAGUGACGAUAGUUACGUGGGAGCUGAGGGAGGCAGCCGACUGAUGCCGUCUGGCAACCGUGAGAGACUGGUAGACUGCAUGGAGGAGUUUGUGAAAUAUACCAUCAUUAUGAAGCAGCACUUCGACCUAUUCACUGACCGGUUUAGCGAGCGCCUUGCGCGGGAGUCGAAGCGGGGUGCAGACGAGGACGGGAAAAAGGACCGAGAUAAUGCUGGACGAGAGGGCAACGCGAGGAACAUGAUGAGUGGAGACGUCGUCAAUGGCGUUAACGUUGAUGGGUUGUAAGCCGGCGCUCCGUACACUUUGAAAGACGGCGCUGGCGAAAGGCGGCGGCUCUGCCGUCCCCUCGGACAUUCUACUUACCAUCGCGAUAGGGCGCCUCCUGUCACGCUAUUGGCUGCCAGACCGCGACAAACACACUGUGGUACGAAGAGGUUCUCCUCACUUACAUGUUCUUACGAUCCUCGACAGGCUUACUCCGUGUGAUCCUGGUUUCGAUCAAGCGCGAGUAUCAUGGAUCCACUUGUCAAAGUCCCUGUCUUUUUGAAUCUAUGCAUUAUGCUCCCCGAAUGAUAGUUCUUGAGGUUGGGAGUGAGACAUUUAGUAUUGCGCCACGGCUUGUUAGAUGUAUUGGAGGUAGAAUGAGCUCGUGGCAACAUGCCCCGGAAGCACGAUGCAUUGGUAAGACUAUGCAUUAGGAGCAAUCAUUCCUGGGGUAGAUUCGGUUUGAUUUCGUGCGACAGAAUGCCGUGCACCCUUGAAUCAACUUGGCAACCCCGUC